AUCAACAUUAACCUAGAAUUUUCAAAUGAAAACAAAUAUUUGAUUACGUUACAAUUUAUGCUACGACUGCUUUUCUCAUUACUCAUUUAUUCUUCAUAGCACCGGAAUAAUCUUUAGUAGUUGAAAAGAAUGUUAUGUUGAAUUUUCACAGUUUAUUGAGUUGGUGGUUCCUUGAGUUGAUAUUACAAGAACUAUGUUAUUUUUUAAACUGUUUUUAUUAGUUUUCAUAACAACACAUACAUCUGCUGAAAAUAAAAGACCUACUAUAUUAAUAUCUAUAUUAGCUAGAAAUAAGGCUCAUACACUGCCAUAUUUCCUAAGUUACCUUGAGAACUUGAACUAUCCAAAAGAUAGGUUGUCAUUAUGGAUACAAAGUGAUCAUAAUAGUGAUGCAACCAUAGAAAUACUGGAAACUUGGAUUUCUUCGGUUCAAAAUAAAUAUCAUUCCAUAAAAAAAGAUUUUAUUGUUACUCCUCUUCGAUAUGAGGGAGAAAUAGGUUUUGCACAUUGGACAGAAGAACGAUUUCAAUAUAUAAUCUCAUUGAGAGAAUCAGCACUUGAAUAUGCUAGGAGUUUGUGGGCUGAUUAUUAUUUGACCCUGGACUGUGAUGUCUUCUUAACCAAUCCUGAAACUUUAAAUUAUCUCUUAUCGAAAGAUUUUGUAGUAGUGGCUCCAAUGCUCAGAUCAGCUGAAUUAUAUUCAAACUUUUGGCACGGAAUGACAAGUGACUAUUAUUAUUACAGAACUGAAGAAUACAAACCGAUUUUAUAUAGAGAAAAUAAGGGUUGCUUAGAUGUUCCUAUGAUACAUUCUUGUGUUCUCGUCAAUCUGAAAAAAACACAGUCUGAUUAUUUAACCUAUGUUCCUAAUAAAGUUGCCCACUUUGAUGGCCCUACUGAUGAUAUAAUAACAUUUGCAAUUAGUGCUAAUCGUAGCAACAUACCUCUUAAAUUAUGUAAUGAAGAAGUGUUUGGCUUCAUAACAACUCCUAUAGAGAAAGAAGAUAACGUUGAGAUUGAUAAGGAACAGGUGACUAAUAUAAAAAUGGAAAUAUUAACUUAUGAAGAGAAUUUACUAGUGUCAAAAGUAUUGAAGAAAUAUGUAAAGUUUCCUAGUAAGGAUUUGAUGGGAUUUGAUAGAAUUUUCAUGAUCAAUUUGUUGCGAAGACCUGAAAGGAGAAGGAGAAUGGUUCAGUGUUUUGAUGAGUUAGGUUUAGAUGUGACAAUUAUUGAUGCUGUCGAUGGCAGAGAACUGAAUGAUACUACUUUGAAGAGCAUUUCAUUCAUGCCAGAUUUUAUUGAUCCGUAUCAUAAAAGACCAAUGACUUUGGGUGAAAUAGGAUGUUUUUUGAGUCAUUAUAACAUCUGGAAAGAGAUUGUAGCAAAUAAGUAUGAGAAGACACUAGUGUUGGAAGACGAUAUAAGGUUUGAACCUUAUUUCCGAUUGAAAGUGAAAAAUCUUAUGAAUGAGAUUAAUGUGAGACCAGAUUGGGAUUUGAUAUAUUUUGGCAGAAAACGUCUUCAAGAGAACGAUGAGCCUUGGGUGGAAGGUUCCUAUUUCCUAGUCCAGGCUGGAUAUUCCUACUGGACCUUAGGAUAUGCCUUGAGCUACAGAGGAGCCAAGAAAUUAUUAGACGCUGAUCCUUUAUCACGUCUUGUUCCAGUUGAUGAAUACCUUCCGAUUUUGUUCGAUAAACAUCCCCAAACAAACUACAAAAAAUAUUUUCCGCAGAGAGAUCUUGUUGCCUUAUCUGUGGCACCAUUGCUCUUAUAUCCCACUCACUAUACUGGCGAAGACGGCUACGUAAGUGAUACAGAAGAUUCUAAAAUUAUAAAGAGGCCAGGUAGGGAAGAACUAUGAACAAAAACAAGAUAAGUCACUGAUACACCUGAUUAAUGUACACAUAUGCUUGAGAUGUUCAAUUUGAAUUAAUGAAGGAAAAAGUAGCAUUUUUUUCGAUUCUUUACGUGCAAUUAAUAUGAUUUUUGUAUAUUCAUCGAUAUAUUCCACUGUGAAGUAUUCAUCCUGAAUCACAUUUACUAAAAGACUUUCAAAAUCAUGACUCAAAAUAAAAUAAAUAUCAUUUGAAACUUUGAACUUUUGAGAAUGUUUCAGAAUUCUUUGCUAUUAAUUAAUAUUUGAUUUAUUUUAUUAUUACAAGUUAAUAUAAUUUCUCUAGAGUGUUAGAACUCGAAUGUUAUAAUGUAAUGUUAUAAUUACUGAUUUGAGUGCCAUAUUUUUAAUAUAUUUAUUCACAGUUUAAUUUGGGUGCCAUAUAACUGCCUGCCAUGUAUUUUUGAAAAUAAUCAAAGUUAACAUGUUAACUUGUGCCUUCACAAUUUUAUUACUGAAAAACUUUUCACUUUUACUAUACUGAUAUUUUCUUAAUAAAUAAUUUUGAGAAAA